CACAAUCGCUAAAAAAUAUUUAAAAAAAAUGGCGUUCGCAGGGAAAGUUUACGUACACGACAGAGACGAGAAUUUCGAAGGCUUUGUUGCUACUUUGGGUUUAGCACAAGAAAUUGUACAAAAACUAAGUAACUCCAAGCCCAAAUACAAAUUAGAGAAGAAUGGUGACACUUACACUGCGACGACGUUCACUGACAGCUACAACAAAGUCGUCUCCUUCAAGCUCAACGAGGAGUUUGACGAGAAGGUGCUAGGCGGACGCGAUGCAAAGACAACCUUCAGUCUUAACGGUAACACCCUUACGCAAGUCCAGAAGUUCAAUGAGGGCACCGUAACUACAAAGAGGGAAUUCUUUAAUGACAAAAUGAUCGUGACAAUUAACAGAACUGGCUGGGACGGUACAGCGACGAGAUACUUCAAAGUUUAAUGUCCAAUUUAAUCAAUA